CGCUUCCGCACAGCUCAAGAACCUUGUAUCCUGGUACUCGAGCAUUUAAUCCCAUCCAAUGAAUCACAUUUAGGUUCGCCUGAAUGUCGGCUCCGCAAGGAUACCCAGAUUGUGGACACAUUGACAACAGAGAGGAUGCACUCGCGCGUGUGGAGGACAUCACUGCCGUAGGCUUCCUGCCGAAUCUCUCGGAUCUCGUAGGCUGGUACUUGUCCCUUACCGUUGGCACGGAACUGAGCAUUCAACGCCGCCUGUACUUCGUUGACCGUGACCUUACCUAUCGCUCCUCCGUCGAAGGCAUAGUUGUGGGGGCCUUUGCCGGCCGUGUCUCUGAGUUUUUCCACGGUCCCUGGGAGGGUGUUUGUCCGGAUGAGGUGUUCUUCGCAGUAAAGCCAUAUUCACCACGAUUAGUAGAGGAGAAUCCAGAGCAUCUGCUGGUCAUCGUCAUGAUGCUAGGUAUCAUCUCUUCUUUUUGCUGGUUGGAGUAUAAGUUAAUGGUUGAGGCUGGUGUCCCUUUCGCAGUUCCUUCUGAAGACCCUUAUUUUGCAGACCGUGAAGGGCUGUUUCUUCUCCUCAUGGCUGUUGUCACUAUCUCAUUGUUGCCUUUCUUGAAGCUGAUCUCGCCUGGCUUUCGCAACAUUCCUCAUCCACCUUCUUCAUCUCUUUAA